GGACCAUGAGCGAAGCCAAGAAAGGCGAGCUGGCCAUCCGAGAUAAAGCGAUCCUGCAUCAGCAGCGCCGGCUCAAGCAGGCCACUCAGUUUACGCACAAGGACUCGGCUGACCUGCUGCCCCUGGACGGACUCAAGAGACUGGGGACGUCCAAAGACCUGCAACCCCACAGCGUGGUGCAGCGCCGCCUCCUGGAGGGCAACAUCACGCGGCUACGCGGCCAGGCCCGAGAUUCGGCCGCGCGCGUUCGCUCGCCGCUGGCCGACGACGGCGGUAAGGACGAGAAGGAGGACGGCGCCGACGAUUCCCCGGACGAGGGAGGUCGAUCGGACGACGGCGUGGAAACGACGGCCCUGACGGCGCUGCUCGUUCACUGCAAGUGCUGUGACAGUGAGGUGAAGGUGUCUUUAAAUACCAGCAGAGUGCAAAAUCACAUCUCCACAUCUUGUUGUCAAAGGCUCGGCCUCUCGGCGAGCGGUCGGGACAAAAGCGGCUUGGUGAGCGGUCUCGAGAUUCAGUUGGGUUCCAAGUCCGUCCAGUGCGCUGCUUUGAUCCAAGAGGACGAGACGUGCGAGCUGAGCCUAGGUUUGCACACGCUGCUCCAACUCAGAUGCUGUCUGGACCUGAACCGCCGUGUACUGACGCUAGGUGGCGCCGAGGAACUACCCUUCCUGCCCGACGAAAAAUCCGGCGGCGACAAGAAGGCCUGAGUGCCCCCUGCGUCCGCGCUCCAAUUGUCGUCGUCGCGGCAGCGGGAUCCCGAGUUCGCGUGAGCCCACGUGAUCAUCUUUCACUGCCGUUGACGGCGAUAGACGUCCAAUCCGUUCGUUCAAACAAACUGGGCGUCUAUUGCCGUCAAAGAGCUAAAGCUCUAAAUUCUUAUUUCUGAUCACAAGAGGUUCGGAACCUCCUCUAACUUUUAAAAGAUUAGCUUCUCAUUAAUGAUUCCGCCCGAUAAAAAUGGCCCGUCGGAUGUUUGCAUCCUAAUGUGAAGUAAGAAAACAUUCCACGUGCAUGACGUUGUGGCGUUGCGCCUGCAUGCUUGUGUACUCGUCUGAUAGCGCCAAACCCCAGGGGAUGUGCGCGCUCACACUGACAGGAAAAGAAAAAAGCCGAGCUGCCUUCCCGCGCCGCCUUUGUCAAAAGCUUUGUGUCUUUUUGGGAUCGUUUGGAGCGCCUUUGAAACCUCCGCGUUUGCCUCUGUCAUGUUUUCUUAACGGUAGCUAACUUCGGGAAUCGAGCGCCAUCUUUUUUUUUUUUUCAAUUUAGUGUUUAGGAAAAGUGGAAAUUAG